UCCCUCAUCAUCAUGGCGUCCGCACCCUUGACCCGAACCGCCUUUGGCGCCCUCUCACGUUCAUCGCUGUCUAGGGCCGCCACUCGCACCAUCGCAGUGGCCCCCUCAUCGACGCCAUCGACUUCUCGCCUUCUCUCCUCCUCGUCGCCAUCGCGAGCGGCAAAGCAGGGUGUCGCAGGUGACAAGGUCAACCCCUUCUCGCCCUUUCCUGAAUCAGCCGGCUCGAACCCCGUGGACAAGUACACCGAGAUCACCGCUGGCUUGCACGACUACGGUGCCUACAUUGUCUCCUGCCUUCCCAAGUUCAUCCAGCAAUUCUCCGUAGUCAAGGACGAACUCACUCUCUACGUCCACCCUUCAGCCGUCGUUCCCACCCUGACCUUCCUGCGCGACCACACCCAAACGCAAUUCCGUGCCCUCAUGGACGUCUCUGGUGCAGACUACCCGACGAGAAGCCAGCGCUUCGAAGUUGUUUACCACUUGCUUUCCGUCAAGUACAAUUCGAGGAUCCGCGUCAAGACGUACGCCGACGAGGUGACGCCCGUGCCCAGUGCUACGGCCGUCUACAGGGCUGCGGACUGGUACGAGCGAGAAAUCUACGACUUGUACGGUGUCUUCUUCCUCGGCCACCCGGACCUGCGUCGCAUUCUCACCGACUAUGGAUUCGAGGGUCAUCCGUUGCGCAAGGACUUCCCUCUGUCGGGCUACUCGGAGGUCAGGUGGAGUGAGGAGAAGAAGAGGGUCGUCACUGAGCCGCUGCAAUUGACGCAGGCGUUCAGGAACUUUGAGAGUGCUAGCCCUUGGGAGCAGGUUGGGGAGGGAGAGAGGAGGACACCUAAGCAGUACACGCUUACCCCGCCUAAGCCCAAGGAG